AGAUUAUUUUACUUCUAAAGGAAAUUAAUUUUUACAAUUUUGAGAUCAAUCAAUCAUGGCAUCUGAAAGAAUAAAUGUGCGCACUGAUAUCAUUAAACCUUUGUGUGAUGAUGAGCUUAGUGUCCAAGAAGAGGAAGCAGGAAAAUCUUACCAUGAUGCUCAGGGGAAUCAGUAUCAAGAGGUUGUGAUUACCUCUGAGGAAGACAUGGAUGUUAUUGAGCCUCAGGUCGAUGGUUUCAUCUGCGUUGAAGGGGGUCAUAUGGUAGUUGAGGCAUCAUUGCUGCAAGAGGAUGAUUCAAAUGAGCAAGAUAUACAUACAAGUAAUUUCAGUGGCAGUAACUAUGGAAACGGCAGGGAAACAAUUAAUUCAAUAGCUGUCCCUGAACCUCAUAUUGUCCAUGGUAGUGAAGCAUUGGUAGAGCCCACAUUCUUUAUUGACAAUCCUGCUACUACUCUUCGCUAUACCAGAACUGUCAUGUCUGCACAGAAAAAGGCCAAGAGAGGUCAGGACAUGCUGUGCCAAUCUUGUCACACUACAUUCAAAGGUCGAACUGAACUCCUGAAGCACCAGCGCACUAUGCAUCCUAAUAUGGCGUCGGGUACUGUCAAGUGCCAGGAGAUUAGAUGUGAUUUUGUCUGUUUUCGUGUCAAUCAACUCCGGGAUCAUCUCACACGUGUUCAUCAACUCCAGAUUAUUGAAGAAGAACUUGAGUUUGCUGACGAAGCAGAAUUCGUAACUUGGAAGGAAGAGUAUGAAACACAUGCAAACUGUCAGUACAGACUAGCAUCUACCAAGGUGAAGGCUUUUCUGCGCUACUACAGCUGCAGUCGCUCAGGCUACUACGUGAAGAAGAACGAUGCCACGCGACGCGCCAAACUCAAAGGAACAAGCAAACUGAACGCUCACUGUGUUGCUGGACUCAUAGUCAGGGGUCUGGAGGACGGCAAGCUGUCAGUAAUGCACACCAAGACCCACUAUGGCCAUGAUCUGGAAGCAACUCAUCUGCGUAUCUCCAAGAGCCAACGCAGUUACAUCAUCGUGCUCUAUGAAUCUGGCAUCCCAAUUAAAGAAAUAAUCAAGAAAGUCAACUCAAUGGAAUCUGCAGAGCAUAAUUUUAUUCUCGGUAGGAAGGAUGUUGUUAACGUCAUCGCUUCUUUCCAGUCAAAGAAGUUAGACUCUGAUUUUUCCGUUACAAGCCCAUAUUCUGUUUGGAAUGUAUACAAUGUUGCUUUAAGGCUGAAAGGAAACAUACUCUUCCACAAAGCCAAAGGAGAACAUUCCCGUGAAGCGCCAACACUGAAAAACUCGGACUUCAUGUUGUGUAUUAUGUCAGAAUUUCAGGAGCGCAGAUUGAAGAACCUGUCAAACCAGGGGGUUGCCCUUCAUAUUGCAAGCGAUAUGAAGUUAGUUGAUGGAUUAGUUAUCAUAUCCCUGUACACUUUCACUCGUACCGCUUCCAAUAAACCUAUUGAUCUCCCACUCGCUACUUGCGUCUGCAAUGCAUUCCACAUCGAUAUUUUACGUGUAUUUUUGGAUGCCAUUAAGCAGAAAUGCGGUCAACUCGAUGUUAAUUACGUAAUUUCUGAAGAGAACAGCAACGAGGUUUAUGGCGUGUGGUGUGAAGUUUUCCAGCGUACACCUCUGCAGGUGAUAGCUCCGUGGUUUAUCCAAGACAGCCUUUGGACUGCACUUGAAACGUUUGUCAUCGGUCAGAGAACUCGUUGGACUCUUAAAACGGCUGUUAACGACUUGUUUUCUGAGACAGACGCUUGGGAAUUUUCUAAGAAACUACAAACUUUUGUGUUGCAGAAGGACGAGAUGCCUUCAUGUCAAAGAUUUAUUUCAGAAUAUUUCAUUCCGACAUUCAUGUCUGCAGGAGUUACUGGGUUCGCUGCAUUUCAUCACAGGAACUUUUCAUCUGACAUCAAGCUCUUGGGCGAGACCACUCUUCCUCUUCGGGAAAAGAUGUUGCAAAGUUGUACUAAAUCGGUUUCCAGAGCUGUGGCUGAUGUUUUGAGAUACGCACAAGCCAGAUCGCACAGUUUACCAGAGAACUCUGCUUUCCACAUUACUAAAUCUGGAGGUAAUAUGUUUGCUAAGAAGACUGAUGAACCAGACGUCCAAGCUAAAAGGGAUGCUGUCAAAUGUCUGCUGACUACCCUGAUCGGGAUGCUUGACGAUGAUAACCUGCCCCUGGAUUAUGAAGACGCCAUGAGCAGGUUGGAUAGAGUUGAGAGCCUCAUUCAGAGAACUCCUCCCGGUGAUGAUGUUAGAAGAGACCCGAUGCGACGAACCAAUAUGUCGCAAAUUACAGUAAAUAACAACAUUCCUGACCAAACAAAUUUUCGAAACUGCGUUCGAGUAAAAGAACGUAAGCGUGUUAUGAAGUUAACUACGUAGCUGAGCUAUCAUUGUUGUUGUGGACCUCCAGAGAAAGGAGAAACUUGCUGAAGGCAGUCCGUUCUCUGAUGUAAAAUCAUGCUAAAAAUUGAUGAACUAAUAUCAUUGGGGAAUAUUUUUCCUAUUGAAUGAUUUCGAAAAUUCAUUACUCAUAUUUACAUUCUUUUCAUGUAACACCGUUUCCUAAAGGUUAUUUUGUACGUAGCCUUUACUUCGUUCUAUUUGAAUGACAUUGAUUUGCUUACAGGAGUCCCAUUUUACUGGACAUUAGCAAUGAAUAUACAGUAAAUCAAUUCAUUCAUCUGAAAUUUAUCAAUGUCUCUGUGCACUGCUGAUUAUUGCGUUUGCACCUCUCGUGCCGGACGCUUGCCUUGCAAUUCAUCGCACUUCUUCGUUCAUUGAGACCCUUUAGUGUGAAGCUAAAUAUUUUUGUAUGGAGUAAUUAUUUGCAAGCUGUACUGUAACCUGACGCGAGGUGAGUGAUAACCAAGUGUGUUCUGGCUUCAGCAGUUCUUCUUGAGUAAACUUGCCUGAAAAUGAAA